AUGGAGCAUCGCAUCCCCCCCUCCCGGCCCGCCCCGCCGCCCCCCGUGCCCGCUGGGCCGAACCGCACGCCGCCGCCGGACCGGCCGCUGCCUCCUUUACCUCCGCAGACGGCCGUCCCGCUGCCGCAGGUGACGGUUACGCCGCCGCGCGGUGCGAGUCUUGACGCGAGCCUCGAGGCGAGCUUUGGCGGCGGUCCUGUGGACGAGAAGGCUGCUGCUGCUGAUGUCGCCGACGGCACGCCCAAGACCCCCGCGUCGCCCAAGACCACAGCCGACACGAACCCGUUCCACGUCGACCUCGUGAUCCCGUUCUCGGUCGCGCCGGGCGCCAACCGCGCCCCCGCGCCCAUCGCGGCCGCGUACGACCGCCUCGUGAGCGCCCUCGAGGGCGAGGGUGGACUCCGCGUCACGGCGCGUCCGGGGCGCGCGGGGAAGGGCGCAGAGGAGGUGUGGGUGUUUGUCGGGGCGAGUGAUGGCAAGGUUGCCGAGCUGGUUGCGCGGGAGCGCCUGCUUGACCACGCCCACGGCAUGCUGCCGCCCAAGACGGACGGGUCAAAGUGGCCCUCGACCCGCCUCCGACUGCUGUACGACCUCCUGACUGCACCGCAGCUCCAGAACGGGCUGGGCAUAACGCCCGGCGAGGGAGACUGGGAGCGCGUCAAGGGCAUCGUCGCGCUGCAUGACGACGCGGCGGACAAUGCCUGGGUCGAGCGCUGGGCCACGGCCGACUGGAAGGUCGGGCUGCUGGCCGGGCUUAGCUCGAGCGACCAGGACAUCCUGGCGCGCAACCAAUCGCCUGCCCUCCGCCUCUACUUCAACUUCCUGGUCACCUACACGCUCUCCCUCCUCCCCAUCGCGCUCAUUUCGGUCGCCUUCUGGGUCUACACCCCGGCCGACUCGUAUCCGCCGCUGUACGCUUUCGCCCUGUCGCUCUACUCGGCCGUGUGGCUCGCGGUCUGGCGCAUCAAGGAGCGCAAGCUUGCCGUGCAGUGGGGCACCCGCGGGUGCGAGAGCGUCUCUGUUGGCCGCCUCCGCCCGCAGUAUGUCGCGGCGCACAACCUCAAGAGCGUGGCCGAGGCGCAGAACACGACCGAUGUGGUGCGCGACGCCAAGGUCGUCGCCUCGGUGCCCAUCAUUCUGGCGUGCGGAGCCGUCCUUGCCCUCGUUCUCACGGGCAUCUUUAUGCUCGAGGCGUUCGUCGGUCACCUGUGGCACGGCGCAGGCAAGGCCAUUGUCCCGCUCAUCCCCACCGCGCUCUUCUCCAUCGUCGUGCCCCAGGUCGUUGGUAUCUUCAACGGACUGAGCAGGAAGCUCGUCGGCUGGGAGGACCACCCGACUCCGGCGUCGGCGCAGAAGAGUCUCACAGCCAAGACGUUUGCCAUGAACGGCAUUGUCGCGUACUUAGGCCUCUUCCUCUCCGCGCUCGUCUACCUCCCGUUCGGCCCUUACGUCAUGUCGUACGUUGGUAACCUGCUCGCUGGGUACCAGGGCCACCCAGUGGCCGUGGACGACGUGCACGCGCACAAGUCGCACCCCGAGAUCAACGUCGCGCGUCUCAAGUCACAGGUGUUUGCUUACCUCGUGACCAACCAAGUCAUCAACACGUUCCUCGAGGCCGGUCUCCCGUUCAUCCUCCGCUUCAUCGCCGACUGGCGUGCCGGCAAGGCUUCGGUCUCGGACAUUCUCCACAAGCGUACCGAGUCUGCCAGCGAGACCGACACGGAGAGCGAGGUCGAGAAGCACUUCCUCGACAAGGUCGAGCGCGAGCUCGCCCUCCCAGACUACACGACCUUUGUCGAUUACGCAGAGAUGGUGACUCAGUUUGGCUACGUCGUCACCUGGUCAGUGGUGUGGCCCCUUGCCCCCGUCUUCGCCCUGGUCAACAACUACUUUGAGAUCCGCUCCGACGCCCUCAAGGUCUGCAAGCAUGUCCGCCGGCCGAUCGGUGACCGCGUUGAGACGAUCGGCACCUGGCUCGACACCAUGGGCAUCAUUGCCUGGGUUGGCGGCUGGAUGUCGGCCACACUCAUCGCUCUCUUCCGCCCCCACCUCGUCGCAGCAGCCACCGGCGUUGAUGCGAACGGCAUUGAGAAGAUCCAGAUUCGCACGACGGCUUCCUUCCUCGCGUCGUACAACGACACGCCUACACUCCAGGACGUCCUGCCCACCAUCCUGCCCAUCGCUGCGGUCGCCCUCGCCGCCUCGCACGGCUACCUCGCCCUCCGAUGGAUCGUCGACACAGUCGCCGAGCGUCUCCUAUGGAACGGCUCGUCCGAGGACCUCGAGGAGCAGCAUGCUCGCCAGCUCGAAGCCGACGAUGGUAUCUGCGAGGCGGUUGAUGAGCUGCACACCAAGGCCCAGAACGACCCCAGCAUCAAGCACUAUCCCGACACUCGGGCUGGGUUCUGGACCGGCCCCGAGGAGGGCGCUGAGGAGAUUGCGCGUGUCCUCAAGAUUGAGUAGGCCGUGUAUCAAACUUAGUGAUAUCCCGUGGAUUGGCCUGCAGAAACGAUCAGGCCAUGAUACAACGUAGACGAAUAAUGAACCUAUGCGACGAC